GAACGACACAGCUCCCACAAUGUUCGCUCCCGCACGAUAGUGACAAUGUCAUCGCUCACAAGCCGCAAGAAUCGACCGCCCGACCCUCAUAACGACUAAAAGCAUAUCCAUCAGGCUACAUAUAGCCCUUCCGACUUCUGACCGAUCAAAUCACCUCCAACAUGGCGAUGGCAGCAGAUCUUCCGGAUCAGCUUAUUUACCUCGUUAUCCGCUUCUCUGCGUCUAUCCCAGACCUUCCACUCCCUAUACCUUCUCCGAGGACUACGUCAACCCUGUCGUUAAAGCGACUCAUUCGACCGAACCUCCCUUUUAACCAUGCCUCCGCGCGUCUCCGUCUUAUAUACGCAGGAAAGGUUCUAGCGGAUACAGCACCCUUAUCUGCAUCGCUAAGGCUACCACCGCCUCCGCCGCCGCGAGAUGGAGCAUACAACGAACAUGGACCAGGCAGCAAGAGCAAAGGGAAGCAGCCCGCACGGGACCUGUCCCCAGCUACAGACAGUGCAGAUAUACCGGCCGAGGCGAAGAAAUAUUACAUACACUGCUCUCUCGGCGAUGCGCUCUCAGCUUCUGAAAUCGCGUCCGAAGCAGCGCUCGCGCAAACCACUGAAGCCUCGCUCAAAUCGCAGUACCAGUCCACAAGCACUCAGCGGCGCCCUAGCAGCGGCGCCAUAAGCGGCGGAGAUGUACAAAGAAGACGCAGCUCGACUGCCACACCCCCCGCACCACAAGGCUUCGACCGCCUCCUCGCGUCCGGCUUCACGCCCCAAGAAGUCGCGACCCUGCGCUCGCACUUCCAAACGAACCUCUCCUACACGCACACGCCCGAUACCAUGCCCUCGCAUGCCGAGAUGCGUGCCCUCGAAGACCGGUGGCUUGACUCCACGGCCACGGAUCCCUCGCCUGCGUUAACGGGCGAGGCAGAAGCGGGAUGGGGCGCAGGGUUUGCGGUCGAGGAGGGCGGGCUGGAUGAUAUGCUUUGGGGGUAUUUGACGGGCUUCUUUUGGCCGCUUGGAGCGCUGGUUUGGGGAUUCAGGGAGGAGGGGGUGUGGCCCAGACGGAGGCAGGUUGCGGUCGUUAUGGGGGUGGUGCUCAAUGCGGCUUUUGGAUUUAUGAGAUGGAGCCAAUAAGGAGAGGAGAGGAUUGGGAUUAGUGAUAAUUAAGAGAUUUCAGAAAUCUCAGGUAGGUCGUUAUUGAAGAUGGACUUCUGAAAUGAUACCACUCAGUUCUUCGCAUUUGCAAUGCUACAUUCAUUUCUCAAUUUCAGGCCUGCGGUGCAUUGUGGGCGCAAUAAUCUC